CGGCAGGUUCCACGAGAGCCCGGCAGACUGACGGGGAGAGAGAGAGCGAGAGAGACAGACAGACAGAGACAGACAGAGAGAAAGGAGGGGAGGAGGAUUCAGGGAGUAGGAGCUGGGGAGCCCUGCCGCGCCACAGGGCAUCUUAUUCUGGAGAAAAGAAGGGAGAGUUGUUAAUGGGGUUACAGCCUAGACCUAGACACUGCUGAGCUGAAAUUCUCCUUCUGUUCUUUUGUUGAUGUCUUGGCCUGCAGUGACUCCAAAUCCCAUAAUCUUUCCAAUUUUCCCCUCUACUAAAAAAUUUGUAAUGGCUUGGUGAAGAUAGAAAAACCAUCAGAAAGGCUAAAGCACUCCCAUACUGUAAUCUUUUUCGGUGACUGUCUCUCCACUUAAUGAAAUGUAUCAGUCUGUGUCUGAAACUAGACAUCCUCUGCAAUCAGAAGAACAAGAAGUGGGCAUUGACCCCUUGUUCAAUUAUUCAAAUAAGUCUGGAGGAGAUUCAAGUCAAAAUGGAAGAAGAGCAAAUUCUACCUUAGACUCUGAAGGGACCUUUAAUUCCUAUACGAAAGAAUGGGAAGAACUGUUUGUAAACAACAAUUAUUUGGCAACUAUAAGACAGAAGGGGAUUAAUGGGCAGCUGAGAAGCAGCAGGUUCCGAAGCAUUUGCUGGAAGCUUUUUCUUUGUGUUCUUCCUCAUGAUAAAAGUCAAUGGAUCAGUAGAAUUAAAGAACUAAGAGCAUGGUAUAGCAACAUUAAAGAAAUACAUAUCACAAAUCCAAGGAAAGUUGUUGGCCAACAGGAUCUGAUGAUCAACAAUCCCCUUUCACAAGAUGAAGGAAGUCUUUGGAACAAGUUCUUUCAAGAUAAAGAACUGCGAUCCAUGAUUGAACAAGAUGUCAAAAGAACGUUUCCUGAAAUGCAGUUUUUCCAACAAGAAAAUGUGAGAAAAAUUCUUACAGAUGUUCUAUUCUGUUAUGCUAGAGAAAAUGAGCAGUUGCUUUAUAAGCAGGGUAUGCAUGAGCUACUAGCACCUAUCGUCUUUACCCUUCACUGUGACCACCAAGCUUUUCUGCAUGCCAGUGAGUCUGCACAGCCCAGUGAGGAAAUGAAAAUUCUCUUGAACCCUGAGUAUCUGGAACAUGAUGCCUAUGCAAUGUUCUCACAGCUUAUGGAAACUGCUGCACCUUGGUUUUCUACUUUUGAGCAUGACUGUCAAAAGGGUAAAGAAACUCUGAUGACCCCCAUUCCAUUUGCUCGACCACAGGAUUUAGGGCCAACAGUUGCCAUUGUUACAAAAGUCAACCAGAUCCAAGAUCAUCUGCUGAAGAAACAUGAUAUUGAACUCUACAUGCACUUGAACAGACUAGAAAUUGCACCACAAAUAUAUGGGUUACGAUGGGUGCGGCUGCUGUUUGGAAGAGAGUUCCCUCUGCAGGACCUGCUGGUGGUCUGGGAUGCCUUAUUUGCAGAUGGCCUUAGCCUGAGCUUAGUAGACUAUGUCUUCAUAGCCAUGCUGCUCUAUAUCCGGGAUGCUUUGAUUUCUAGUAACUACCAGACCUGUCUUGGCCUUCUGAUGCAUUAUCCAAUCAUCGGAGACAUACACUCACUGAUACUUAAGGCUCUCUUCCUUAGAGACCCAAAGAGAAAUCCAAGGCCAGUGACUUACCAGUUCCACCCCAAUUUAGACUACUACAAAGCACGGGGAGCCGACCUUAUGAGUAAGAGCCGGGCCAAUGCCAGGGGUGCUCCCCUGAAUAUACAAAAGGUCUCCAACAGCCUGAUCAACUUCGGAAGAAAGUUGAUUUCCCCAGCCUCGGCUCCAGGCAGUAUGGGUAGCCCUGUACCUGGGGGCAACAGCAGCAGUUCUUUUUCUUCCGCCAUGUCCACCAGGGACUCCACAGAAACCACUAGGCAUCAUUUGCUGCAGCAGCAGCAGCAACAGCAGCAGCAGCAACAGCAGCAGCAGCAGCAGCAGCAGCAGCAGCAGCAGCAGCAGCAGCAGCAGCAGCAGCAGCAGAGACUGAUGAAAUCUGAAAGCAUGCCAGUACAGUUGAACAAAGGCGACGUAGUUACAGGAAGCGAUGUUCAGGUUUCUGUUCCUGUCCAGGCUCUAACUGACCUCCAAGGGCAAAGUUCUAAAACGAUCAGUUCAUCUCCAAGCACUGAAAGUUUACCUGGGGGAAGAGACUCCACCGGCUCUCCACCCUCAUCGGCUACUAAAAAGGAUUCCUUUUUCAGCAACAUCGCUCGUUCCCGCUCGCACAGCAGAACCAUGGGCAGAAAAGAGUCUGAAGAAGAAUUGGAAGCCCAGAUUUCAUUCCUGCAGGGACAGCUGAAUGAUCUAGAUGCCAUGUGCAAGUAUUGCGCAAAGGUCAUGGAUAUGCAUCUCGUAAAUAUUCAAGAUGUGGUAUUACAAGAGAAUUUGGAAAAAGAAGAUCAAAUUCUGGUUUCCUUGGCAGGAUUAAAACAGAUCAAAGACAUCCUGAAAGGUUCCCUGCGCUUCAACCAGAGCCAGCUGGAGGCUGAGGAGAAUGCACAGAUCACCAUCGCUGAUGACCACUACUGCUCCAGUGGCCAGGACCAGGGCAACCAGGUUCCUAGGGCCAGCAAGCAGGCCCCUUCAGAGAUGUCAGCGUGCACCGGUGGGGUGACCUCAGAUGACUUCAUCCUGGUUUCCAAAGAGGAGGAGGGACGCAGUGCCAGAGGGGCCUUCUCAGGCCAGGCCCAGCCCCUUCUCACCCUUAGAAACACAUCUGGGAAAAGUCGAGUCCCAGCCUGCUCCCCACUGGUGUUCUCAGACCCACUGAUGUGCCCAGCCUCGGCUUCCUCCAGCAACUCCAGCUCCAGCCCCGAUGACGACAGUAGCAAGGACUCUGGCUUUACUAUUGUGAGCCCCUUGGACAUCUGAAUACAGGGACUCUAGCAAUGGAGACCCUACUGAACCAAUGUUUCUUUCCCAGCAUGCAUUUCACAUUGGUUCAACCCACUGGAACUCUUCAGUGCACUAUGUUCACCAAAAUGCAGAUAGAGCUUUCCAGGCCCUUACCUGACCCUUUGACCCUCACUCUGAAUUAGGGCUAGGUCAGGUACCCAACUCCAUACUCGCCGUCAGACACACCAGACACAACCAGAGCCCCAUGUCUUCCACCCCUCCUCUUAGCAGCUCUGUCAGUUCCUCUAGAAGGAAAAGCUGGUCCAAGACCCUUCUUAUCAAGCUUCAUCCACAGAAAGAUUGUUGGUACUGUGUGGAAUUUGGGUAGGCAGCCUCCCUCCUGCCUUGGGAGCCCAACCACAGACUUGGCUACAGCAGAACAAAGAGCAGAACAAGUGAGCGGCUCCCAGGGCUGGGUCAGUGAGCAUCAGCAGCUCCCAGGGCUGGGUCAGUGAGCAUCAGGAGCAGGCUCUCAGAUUAGGAAUCAGAUUCUGGUUUGGCAUGAAUACAUUUCUGGGCCCUAAGCUGAAUAAACUUCAGCUACGCACUGUUCCUCCCUGAACAACUGUAUUUCACAACCAGGAAGCAAGGUGGCUGUGAGCCAGUCUGUGCUGUGGUAGCUUUAGGCGUCCCAGGGCUAAUGUCCUUGAAUUGGAAAAUGUGUCCAAAGCUCUACUAUCAGAUUUCUGAGCAUGUUUCAGAUCUACAGUGGCCUGUUGAGUGAGGAGCACAGAGGAAAACCACAUUCACAUCUCCCAGAGCCAGAUGCCCCUGGGAAUUAGACCUGGAGUCCCUUCUGUGGGAGCAGGCUUCCUAAAGAACAUUCCAGGUGCCAUAAGGAUGCUCCUAUUCAGCCCCCCCCACACACACACACACACUCUCAGCUGUCAACUCUGCAUCCAGCCGCCUGUCUGGUGGCCCUGGCCUGGGCUAGGUAUAGGUGAGACAGCUCCUCUGUUGGCAGAGUACAGAGCUAGAUCAGACACAAAGCUAGGGACCGUGAGGGUGCUGACAGAUGCCGCACCUUCUACCUCUGCUUUCUGUCCUUCUCAGAGAGCAGCAGAGCCUCUGGACAGUGUCCCUCCCAUUAAUACCAUUGUAUUUCUCUGCAGAUAAGUCUGCUAAUGUCAUGAUGCUCACUCCAUUUUGGAAAAUAGGGACACCCAAAUCAGCUGCUGUGUGGGCUUCUCCUUAGCUGCACUGGAUAGCAGGGCUGAUGGCUCACAUGGCAAGGCUCAGCCAGUUCCUGAUGAGCUUUGCCCACUCCUCUGACUCGUCCUUUCAGCACCCUGAGGAGGCUGCUACCACACAUGUCCCAUGAAGACACUGUAGGAACCAGGGCUACUAUAUAACAAGCAUCCAUCUCCCGAGGGAAGGUUGGCAUCAGCCCCUCUACUUGAAGGCUUGACUCACAGUAGUGUCAGUACCCUUAGAUACCUAAGAUAGGAAGUAUUGGCUCAUCUCUUCAGGUCUGGGACAGUGCCGCCCAGGAAUGUUAUUGGCACCUACCAGUCCAAGAGGGUGAUGGACUGAUUCCUUGCCAUUUGAAUGGGCAUUUGACAGGCGGCUUCAGUCUACCUGCCCAUGCCCAAGACAUGCCCCCCUUUAUCCUGUGCUUGUGUGGGUGCCACAUGAGAACUCCUGGGUUCACACUGAAAUGUGUAGUCCACAAUCAGGCCACUCUUUCCUUGGAAGAAACAGGAAUGGAAAUUCUAAGUGACUCCAUUCUUCCUUGUUGAACAUUGCUUCCCCUUCUGUUACGUACGUUGCUGGUGUGGAAUGCAUUCCUUCCCUGUUACUUUAUCAGGUACUUCUGUCGAAUUGCACAUUUUAAAAUCCUGGAGAUAUAGAACCUUUUCCUUUAACCACAUUAAUCGUUAGUUUUAAUCUCUCACAUUUUGAUUAUAGCAGCUAAAUACAGUUUUAUAUAUGCCAAGCUUAGAUUAAGCCCCAUUGUCAUCUACUUUUUUUUAAUACAUGUUUCUAUGUUUCAUGCAGUCCUCUCUGAUCAGAUUGGAUGUGUGAGUUAAAACACACCUGUGUGCUACACAGAGGGUUACAGACUUGCCUUGUCUUACGGGGGUGCCUCAGUUUGGUUUGUGGGACCAUCCUGGUUUAGUUUGGCAAGAUGACCUGCGGUUCUGCGCUACCUGCAACUGGAAGAGAAAUGACCACACUGCCAAAUGAAUAUGUCUCUGCAAGGCAGCCUCCUCCCUGCUGCCUACUUCCUUUCGUAGGGUGAAUCUGAGCACGGGUCGGCUGUGCCGGACCAGCGUGCCAGGAGUGCCUUUAGUGUCAGAAAAGCAGAACAAAUGCAAAAGUCUAGCUCUAACCUGCCAGUGCAGGUGCAGGUUGCUUUUUGCUCUGUAAAAGCUCUCCCAAUGGCCACGAAAGAACAGAGCGGGGUGCAUCAGCUGUGGCCCUGCAUCAGCUAGGUCCAUCUUCCUUCCCUGGAAACUCAUCCCUGGCCUCUGCACUUAUCCAGAGCAGGAACUGCUGGGAAAUGGAGUCUGGAGAAGAGGCCACAUGCGUGGAGAGCUGUCACACCAGGCCUUUUCACAGAUCACACAGCUUCCUCUGUCAGGCUCAAAACUGUUUUUGUCUUGUUGAAAAGAAAUAUCAAGUUCUAUAUAGCCAGGCUGGUGGCUAUGUUGUCAUUCUGUUCAUGAGGCUCAGUUCAUCUAGCUAAUGGGACCUCAGGAGUGCCACCACUGUCCUCAUGAGGCUUCAUGCUUGAACUCAUACUGAUGGCAGAAAUGACUCCUCUUUUAGCAGAGUGAUCCCGUUUGAUGUGCUCUAAUAAAGGACUAAUGAGAAUUGAGAUAA